AUGAACUCGUUCCGAAUAUUCUCUCAACGGCUACGGCCAGCACUCAACGGCAGAAUGGCGACACAAGAACUUGUCAGCGCUUAUGGACCGACGGUGUUCAAGGGCUUGGCGGUUGCUGGCAUAGGUGGAGCAGUCAUCACACAAUUGAUGAGAAAGGCAGACGCGGAAUCGGGAGAGCCAAAGAAGAUAUUCCCACGACCAGGGCCCUCAUUCACCAGGCUCACAUUGGAGAAAGCCGAAGAUGUCAACCACAACACUAAGAGACUGCGCUUUGCGCUGCCUGAAGAAAACGCCGUCACCGGGCUCCCAUUGACAUCUGCAUUGCUGACCUUCGCCAUCCCCAAGGGCGGCUUCCUUCCCGUCCUCCGGCCAUACACACCCAUCACGCCCUCAGACACGCCAGGCCACAUGGACCUCCUGGUGAAGCGCUACCCCCAGGGCAAGCAGUCCACGCACCUGCACUCCCUGAGCCCCGGCGACUCGGUCAUGUUCGCAAUGUGCAUCCCCGGCUACAAGUGGACACCCAACAAGCACACCUCGGUCACGCUCAUCGCCGGCGGCGCGGGCAUCACCCCCAUUUACCAGCUCGUCCAGGGUAUCCUCAACAACCCGGAGGACAAGACGAAGAUCACGCUCGUCUUCGGCGUCAACGGCGAGCAGGAUGUGCUCCUGAACGAGGAGUUCAAGAAGUACGAGGCGAGCCAUCCGGGCCAGUUCAAGGCUGUGUAUGCGGUGAGCGACCUUAAGGGCGAGAGCGACGGCGGCCGCUUCAGGAAGGGCUACGUUACCGAGGCCCUAUUGAGAGAGGUUGCCGCGCCACCUUCGGAGCAGAACACGAAGGUCAUGGUCUGCGGCCCGCCUGCGAUGGAGGAGGCGCUGCUCGGCAAGAAGGGCUGGGGAGGCAAGAGCGGUGGUGUUCUGGAGAAGCUGGGGUAUCGUAAGGACCAGAUCCAUCAGUUCUAG